UAUUCAAAAUCAUUGCGGCCACGUUGCCUUGGCAACGAAUAGGCAAACAAACGAAUUCGUAACUUUGACGAUUUUCAGAAGAAGUCUUAUAGUCAUAAUGUUUUUACUGGACAGAUUGCUGCCCUUUAUAUUUAGCUAUAUAAGGCCGUUUAUUAAAUGGUUUUUGCACGCCUUUACCCGACUAUCGGAGCUGCAGAGAAUCUGCUAUGGAGCCCGGGCGGGGGCCAGUCGGACGCGACAAGUGGAAAGAUCCCUGACAUUGUCCAAAUCGUAUGAAAUAAAGCGCGUGGUUCACGACCUGGACGAGGUAGCACCCUAUGCUGACAACAGGAAUCUCCUGGAGUUCUCCUUCCGUGCCGCACGCGUUGUUAUGCAGGCAAAGCGCAUUAAAAACAAUGUCCAUCCGGACUUUUCCCGACUCUUUAUCAAUUGUGUGUCCACCAUUUGGGGCUACAGGCGUCUGAUGUACCAGAUAGAGCAACUGCGGGCCGAGAAAUACGAUUCGGAUAACCCCGAGCACGAAUACAAGCUGUUGGAGCUUUGGCAACUGCUGAUGCCAGAGGCGCCGCUAACUGGACGCGUAAGCAAACAAUGGCAAGACAUUGGCUUCCAGGGCGAUGAUCCCAAGACGGAUUUCCGAGGCAUGGGCAUGCUCGGACUGGAAAAUUUGCUGUAUUUCGCCAGCGCCUACAACGAUGCCGCGAAGCAUGUGCUGCUCCACUCGAUGCAUCCCACACGCGGUUACACUUAUGCAAUUGUUGGCAUCAAUCUUACUUCGAUGGCCUACAAUCUAGUGAAGACCGGCCAAGCAAAGACACACUUCUAUAAUGUGGUGGCCCUGCAUAAGCAGGACUUUAACACUAUAGAGGAUUUCCAUAAAUUGUAUUGCUACCUAUUCUUUGAAUUUGAUCGAUUCUGGAUGGAAAGCGAUCCGCGCAAUAUAAUGGAUUUUCGUGAGAUCUAUCAGGCGUUUGAAAUCACCAAAUUAGAGGCCCUGCACAAUGAGAAUACAAUUUUUAAAACUAAUUUGGUUGUAGAAUCCGUCUAAAAAAUAUGUGUAAAUAUAUGGCAAUGAAGUAGA